AUGGCAGACAAAGAGCUGGCUGCCAAAUUAGCCAAACGUCUAGCUUGUGUUCAAGAUGAAAAUGAGAAUGAUGAAAUCAAGGUAGCUCCACCUCCAGCACCACCAGUCUUUCCACAGAAGACUAUCGAAAAUCCGUAUGUCGAAGUAGAUAACUCCGUGUCAAUAGACGAUCUAAUCCAAAAGGCUUUAGAACGAAAAGAAGAAAACAACAAUAACGUACCACCACCAGUUCCAUCGUCACCCGUGCCUCCUGCUCCUUCAACUUCUGUUGCUGAGCCUCCAUCAAGUCCGAAGAGGAUCUUAUCUUCUCCAACUAUUCCUCCUCCACCACCUCCUUCUACUCAGAGCUGUUCUCCUGUAUCAUCUUCAUCCCCUGUUCCUCCAAUUCAAUCAGUUUCAACAGUCAAAGGAGUUCCACCCAAAACAACAAUUCGUGAUCUUCUUCAAAAAGAGUUUGAAAAUAAUCCAUCCAAUGUACAAUCCCAAUCAAAAUGUCCCAUGGUCUCUAUUGAGCAUCACAAAAGACCAGAAACUCCCACUAAGCGUUGUAGCCCUGAGUUUGACGGAAGUGAGCUUGAGCUGAAACUGGCUGCUCAAAGAAAUAGAAAAGCUGUAAACCCUGUACUGUGUGAUGAAAAUAGAACUAACUUGAUAUAUUCAAACACGGAGCAAUCAACUCCAUCCACUUUAGCCUCUCCCGAUGAACAACCCCGUGAAUCUCCCUCUUUGCCUGAUUUUCCUCCUCCUCCACCGCUACCAUCCCAGGCCGCACAGCCUACAUCCCCAACUCCUCCACCUAAGCCAAGCCGAGUUCAUGCAGCAGACGCUCUCCCCGCACCUCCACAGCCUCAGUUACUUCAAUCUGCAAUAGAAACCAUACCUGAGGAACCACCGAAAAAGAAAGAUUCCUUUGAAGAGUUAGAAGAGCAAGUAGCUAGAGAGAUUGCUGAGCAAGAAGCUCGUCAACAGAAAGAAAUGGAAGAGCAAUCAUCAUCACGUCCCAUUACCCCAGUUAAAUCUCCAGAAGUACUACGAACAAAGAUGGGUAACAUUCCGUCUCCUCUGCUAAUCGAGAUGAUCAAAACCGAAUGUGGAAGCUCUCGACCAUCGACACCACCACCCGUGCCGCCUCCAAAACCACAAAGUCGACCUCAAUCUCCAGUAGUACGAAAGCCGUUCGUCAGUCCGUUGGGCUUAUUGUGUGAUCCUCUCAUGUCAGUUGAGACAGACAAGCCCAUUCCUUCACCUCCAAUUAAGAAGAUCAGUCCCAAAGUCGAAGAGAAUCCGGAUGAACUGAAUGCCAUGUUGGAACGUCGAACAAAGAUCUUAGAAGGUGAUGUUCAACCACAGUUUGUUAACCGAAAGCUUAGUCUCUAUGCUGAGUUUUCCGAAUUUUCCAGAAAGCAAAUCAAGUUCUUCCAAGAAACAUUCAAGAAGUUUGAUGAAGAUUGUGAUGGGUUCAUCGAUUUCAAUGAACUGAAGCGCAUGAUGGAGAAAUUAGGUGAAGCUCAGACACACAUCUCUUUGAAAGACAUAAUAAAAAAGGUUGAUGAAGAUAACGACGGAAAGAUUAGUAUGCGAGAAUUUUUCCUCCUUUUCCGUCUGGCUGCUCAAGGUCAGUUAGGAUGUUCUGAGGUGUUUACUCAAUUGGCUGAAUCCGUGGAUGUAUCCAAAGAAGGAGUCUUAGCGGCAGCCAGUUUCUUUCAAGCUAAAAUAGCAGAACAAACGAAGCUGUCAAAGUUUGAAGAAGAAAUCAAACAGGAGCAGGAAGAGAAACGACGCGACGAAGAAGAAAAGAAGAAACGACGAGAGAAAUUUCUCCAAAAUAAGAGUAUUUUUCAUUAA